GAGGGUGGAGGCAGGAAUCGGGAAAUAAACAGCGAAACCCAACCGGGAGUCGAAGGAAGGAGGAGGAGGAGGAGAAGAAGAAGAAGAAGCGGAGAACCCAGGGCAAGCUUGUUGCUUCUUCCCUUCCCUCAGGAGCAGUUCAGGUUGCCUCUUCAUACCUGGAUACCUGGAGGAAACGACCUACCUGCUUCCCCCCCUCCCCCAGAAGGCAUCUUCUCUCAUGGGAGAAACUGGGCCCUGGUGCCCUGGUUGCUGACUGCCUUUCUCCCCUUCCUAUUAACCUCCUCGAAGCCACAGCCCUGCCAGCGAAGGUUGGCAUCCUGGCUCCCCACUUCUCCCCACUCUAACCCUCUGGAUCCCGCCCCCCUUUCCCUCCUCUUUCUCCCCAGCCCCACUCCAUGGCAACCACCACAGCUCCCUCCAUGUUCCCUGAGGAAGAGGCCGCCCUCCGGACCCCUUUCCCUCUGACCCCACCUGCCCUGGGGGACGAGUUCUAUCCCUUUGGGGGUGAGCGGCAACAGACGUUUGGGGGCGAUGUGGCUGCUGGGGACGGGGACCCCGAAGAGGCGGACUUGGAGGUGCUGCUGCAGAGGAAGGAGCAGGACUUACUGCUGGCAGCUGAGCUGGGGAAGAUGCUCCUGGAGCGCAAUGAGGAGCUGGAAAGGCGCUUUGAGGAACUGGCCAAGGAGCACAUGGAGACCAAAGAGGUGAGGGGGCACAGUGGAGGGUGUGAUUUGGCGGGGAGAAGGUCAGGCCUGGGCUGGGGAUUCCCUUCUCUGUCAGAAACCUUCCUGCUUGGCCUUGGGCUCCUCUCUUUCGCUCAACCUAGCCUACCUUUCAGGGUUGCUGUAAGGAGAAAAUGGGAUUGCCGCUGUUUAUGUCACUGCGAGUUCCCUAGAAGGAAUAGUGGCACCUGAGGUGGCGACACCUGGCAGCUGUUGAACUCCAGCAGCUCUCUGCCCAAAGUACAGUGGUACCUCGGGUUACAUACGCUUCAGGUUACAGACUCCGCUAACCCAGAAAUAGUGCUUCAGGUUAAGAACUUUGCUUCAGAAUGAGAACAGAAAUUGCGCGGUGGUGGCGCAGCGGCAGCAGGAGGCCCCAUUCGUGAAAGUGGUGCUUCAGGUUAAGCACAGUUUCAGGUUAAGAACGGACCUCCGGAACGAAUUAAGUACUUAACCUGAGGUACCACUGUAGUUCUGUAGUUCUGGCUUUCAUUUUUUCUGUGGGUGUCCUGUCCUCUUUCCAAAGCAACACUGCUGCUGUUAUAACAUCUCUCGAAACCCAAACUUGGGGUUUCCUGACUCCCUUGCUUUACACAUCACGUACUGCUGGCCCGUGUAGGAAAUCUCGCAUAUCUCGUCUAGAGCUUGGGGCAAUCCUACAUGCAUGUGGGGACUGCUGUUGUGUGAACCCGCCACGGCAUGCUGUUUAUUACAUAGAAGCUCUUUCGUAACAUGAACCCUAGAGACAGAGGAAGCAGACUUGUACCAGGUUGGGCCAUGGCACCAUGUAGCUCAGCGUUGCCCACACUGACUGGCAGCAGCUCUCCAAAGUUUCUGGCAGGGGGCCUUCCCAUUCCUACCUGCCCAGGACUGAGCCUGAGACCUUCUCUGCCAGAGAUCUUUCCAUUCUCUGGAUUGCUGAGAAAUUCCAGAGUUCAGUUUCAUCCACCUCGCUCUAAACCCGUUUCGCCCCUCAAGUAAUCCCCAAGGUCCUGGCCUAGGGUGAAGUUGGCACAGGCAACCUCUGGGCAUGAUACUUGUGGCAGCUGGUCGAACCAGUCUGGCACAGAGCAGGAGGGCACUGAGGAGGCGAGGUGGAGUUUGUGGUGACAGAGUGGGUAUAAUUAGCCAGCUAGAGGGAAGGAAGAACAGAGAGUGACCAAAUGGAACUGAGGAGGAGGAGGAAGAGGAGGAAUAGAAAGCGCACAGCAUGAAUCACCCACAAAGAACCUCACCCACCAGCUGUACCCUCCCGAGGCCCGUAUAUUUCUGUGUUGCUUAUAGAAACUGGGUGGAAGGAUGCCAGCCACUUGCAUUUAUUUAUUUAUUUUGCCUCAAGGGUGGAGGCCCAGGGUUGAAAUUGGGCAAUUGGGCUGAAAAGCGAAGCCAGAAAUUGUCCCAAGCUUGUUAACACGACCCUGUCAUUAAUACGAGUUGCCAUCCAAAUCCGCAGAGGAAUCCAAGGUGUGUCCAAAUGGAAAGGAAUCCAUUGAAAAGCUUUCCCUUUUUUGGGUGUAGCCACCUGUCCUUGCUGUCACUGGGGGCACUUUCUCUAGGAACUUUCUCAAGCAGGACUGGCUUGCUCCAGGAGGGGAGUUUGCGCACAGGGCUUGUGGAUUGUGAACAUGUGAAUUGCCUUGGCUUUCUGGAUCAGACCAGACUGUUCUGUUUACAGUAUCAAUCUGCAAGAGGUCUCUGGGUUCCCUCAAGCAAGAUAUGCAGGUGCCUUCCCCUAGUGCCUGGUGCCCAGAGGUAGACUGCACCUGAACACUGAAGCUCCAUUUAGUUACCUUGCAUCAAGGAUUAGGGUCUGAGGUUUGAGGUCAGAGGGGUGUGGAUUCCAGGAAGCCGUGAGCCUAGGCAACACUCUUUUCUUAAGACUUUACUGUGUCAUCUGUUCAUGCAUAUGACUGUAGGCGUCCUUAUGUCUUAUAUGGAUAGCCUUUGGUAUAUGGAUAGCCUUUAAAUACUGAGGGAAAUGCAAUUAAGGAUUUGGAUUGUCAGGUAAACAAUAUGCAAGAGAUGAAAUAAUAGUUAUACUUUCCUUCAUAAUAGGCAGCUCGGGGGUGGGAGUGGUGGCAUACAAUCUUAUUUGCAUGUGGAUGUUACAGAAGCAAAUAAGCUGGAGCAGAAUAGUUACCACCAGAACCAGGAGUUUCAAAAAGGUACUUGAAAUCAUUGGAGGGGGCCUGCACACUGUCUCAAUCAAUAUCCACCUGGGUAAAUGCAGAGCUAGAAAGUCUACCAGCAGUGGCUGCAUCCAGUUGUUGGUCCCUUCUAAGGGACACUGUUUGUGACUCACGUCUUGGCUGGUGGUGGAGAGAGGGUUUUGUAUGGAAGCAGAGCUUCCAGUUUAUUUUUAUUGUUCAGCCAUCACGGCAUACAAUGCAUCACAAAUAUCUUCUUCUUCUUCUUCUUCUUCUUCUUCUUCUUCUUCUGGAAUUUCUAAUCCAGAUUUAUAUUUUAGCCAUUAGUUACAAUACAGCACAUAGUUGCUGUUAUGUAAUUUAAAAUAUUGUUGCAGGCCACCCCCAUCUCCAAGCGACAUUCUAGGGGUUCUGUGCACUUAUCCAGGGUUCGUGUUUCAUUUGGGAAUGAGGCACAGCGGAGACUGUGGUAUUUUUAUGAUAUGUGGUUUAUUUCCGCAUAUAUACAACCUGAGCCUACAGUGGAGGGGCCCACAGCAUCAACACCCCAAAAGGGUCUUGUUUCUCCCAUAGCCCUGGCCUUGGAUUUAAGCAGAAAUCAAACAGCAUGUUCUCUUUCUGCUUUUUCCAGCCUACAGCCUUUCCCCCCCAGGUCACAUCACAGCCAACCCUAAAAACUCUGGCUUUUGUCCUUCCAACUAUCUUAAGAGUUGAAGGAGGGGCCCCACCCUCUCUUUGCUUUCUUAACGGCUCAUCGCCUUUCAUUUGUUUUCUUAAUGGCUCCUCUCCCAGGCGAUUACCUGAGGGCGAAACUAGCCCGGUUCAGCUUUUAACACUUGUUGGGUCCAGGAAUUUAGGGGAGUUCUGGACCUACAAACCCAUAUAGAGAUCUUUAGACUACCUUUAAGGGCCCAAUUCCUCUCCAGGUGGCUUACAAGAUAAAAACAGAGUACAGUAUAGCACGAUGUAUUUUAUAAAUAAAACCAGCGAUAAAGUAUGAAGCAACAAUCGGUCCCAAAAUGUUAAACCCAGUAACAAGAUAUGCCUUUCAAUCCAGCAAGUACACUCUGUGAGAAGGCCAAAGAAAACAGAUGGAUCUUCAGAGCUUUCCAAAAAGUCCUGCACUGAAGGGGUCUGUGGGACCCCAAAACCACCUCCAGACACCAUUUCAAGAGCUUUCCUGGGAUUAGCAGAAGGAAAAGCAAAGUAAAGCUGAGUGUCCUCUGGAUAGUGACUUCAGCCAAAGUCCUGGGUAACUUUCCUUAGCCUUUUCAUGCAAAAAAAGCAUACAGAUCAAGAUAGAACCUUGUGACACUCCAAAGUAUUGGCCUUAUAUUGGCCAAUCACCCCUCUAAAAGUAGAACACACUAAAUUUCUAUAUCACCACUUAUAUAAUGUGAUGGCAAGCAAAUAAAGCCUCAGUUAAAUAUAUUGCUAAAGCCAGGAGAAAUAUAGCCAACUUUAUGAGUUACGUCAAUGUUACUGCUAGCAAUUAAAAAUGUUGUAAAGGUAAAUCAGUAUUUUUAGUUCUUCAGUUUGCUUGGGAGAGAUUCUCCCCUCUCCUUCCAUGACCUGUGGAGCAAGGGAGGUUUUCAGUUGAUGGUUCCCACAAGAGCAGAAGUGAGACUUCUCUGGUAUCUUUCAAAACUUGGCUUUCUCACCAAAGAUAGCAUCAGUUGGCAUCGAGCCAAGAAGGGUGGAGGAACCUGUCUGUUUCAAGUUCUUUCCAUUUCUCAUCCCUGCCACAAUCUUAAAUUCAGUUCUUCGCAUCUCUACAUUAAAAAAUUAAAAAAUCCAAAUGAAAAUUCAUCUGAAUUUUACAUGUGACCUGAAGAAGGAUUGAUGGUGAAACCAGUCUGGGAAUUGUAGCUCUGUGAGGAGAAUAGGAGUUCUCCCAAAAAACUCUCAGCAUCCUUAACAAACUACAGUUCCCAGGAUCCUUUGGAGGAAGCCGUGACUAUUUAAAGUGGUGUGAUACUGCUUUGCGCAUACAAUUUAGCUGUGGCCACUGUGUUUUUAUUGCAUAUGAAUAAUUUUAUCCCUGCUUUUUGGACGCUGCCCUGGGGCCCUUGCAGGAAAGGCAUUUUAGAAAUGUUUGCACUCAAUAAUAAAUUCACAGCUCCCUGUUACAUUUGGCCCUAACUCUUCUCUCUGGCCUCUCCCAGCGACUGGAGCAAGAGAAGCACGAACUCCGCCUGCACCUUGAAUCCAGAAGUGCUGAAUUUGAGACUCGCGUGGCUGAGCUGGAGACUGACCUGGUCACGGUCCGAGCCCAGCUGGGGCAGAAGCGCAUGGAGCAGCAGGACACUAGCCGGGAGAGUUCGCAGGCCGUCCUAGACCUCUCGGAGCAGAACCAGCGCCUGGUGGAGCAGCUCAGUCAGGUAAGGGGAAAGGAGACGCAGCUCACAGAGAUUCCUCAAGUCUGUGAGGGAAAGAGAGGCAAGAGGGAUCGGCUGGGAUGUCGGCCACUACUUCCCCUUUUCCUUACCUAAGGGAAACCGGUGCUUUUUAACAUUUGUGUGACGGGCAGGAAUUCCGCAGGUGUAGCUCUCGUCAACUGCUUCCCCGUGCUGGGAAGUGCUGUGUCUGUUGAAUUCACAUAGCAUACCCUCCAACAUUUCUCCGAUGAAAAUAGGGAUGUCCUAUUCCAUAAUAAUUUUAUUAUUUAAACCCCACCCAUCUGGCCUCCACAUGCAACUGCUGGGUGACCUUGGGCUAGUCACACUUCUCUGAAGUCUCUCAGCCCCGCUCACCUCACAGAGUGUUUGUUGUGGGGGAGGAAGGGAAAGGAGAAUGUUAGCCGCUUUGAGACUCCUUCGGGUAGUGAUAAAGCGGGAUAUUAAAUCCAAACUCCUCCUCCUCCUUCUGCUUCUGUGUUGCCCCAGUCACUCUGGGUGGCUUCCAACAUAUAUAAAAACAUAAUUAAACAUUAGGAAAAAACCGUCCUUGUACAGUGCUGCUUUCAGGUGUCUUCUAAAGAUUUUCUAGUUACUUAUCUCCUUGGCCUAGGGGUCGCAUAACUCCAUACCCUCCAACAGUAAUCCAAAGAAAAUAGGGGUGUCCUCCUCGCGACGGGGUGAGCUCCCGUUGCUCGGUCCCUGCUCCUGCCAACCUAGCAGUUCGAAAGCACAUCAAAGUGCAAGUAGAUAAAUAGGUACCACUCUGGCGGGAAGGUAAACGGCAUUUCCGUGCGCUGCUCUGGUUCGCCAGAAGCGGCUUAGUCAUGCUGGCCACAUGACCCAGAAGCUGUACUCGGCCAGUAAAGCGAGAUGAGCGCCGCAACCCCAGAGUCGGCCACGACUGGACCUAACGGUCAGGGGUCCCUUUACCUUUAAGGAAAAGCAGGACAUUCCGGGAUCAAAUCAGAAACUGAGGCGGCUUCUGUAAAUCCGGGGCUGCCCCUGGAAAAUAGGGACACUUGGAGGGUCUGACAUCGCACAGCAUACCUUAGCCAACCUGGUGCCUUCUGGAUAUUUGGAACAGGACUUCCAUGGGAGUCAUAGUUCAAGACACCCGCAGGGCACUGGGUUAGCAGAAGCUGAUUUGGCAGUUACAGUGGUACCUCAGGUUACAGACGCUUCAGGUUACAUAUGCUUCAGGUUACAGACUCCGCUAACCCAGAAAUAGUACCUCAGGUUAAGAACUUUGCUUCAGGAUGAGAACAGGAAUCGUGCUCCGGCGGCGCGGCAGCAGCAGGAGGCCCCAUUAGCUAAAGUGGUGCUUCAGGUUAAGAACAGCUUCAGGUUAAGAACAGACCUCUGGAAUGAAUUAAGUACUUAACCCGAGGUACCACUGUACGUUGAAUGCUUCACCCAACAUGCCACUGAUAAAAGCUUGGGAACAAGGUCACCGGUCCAGAUUUAUGGCUGCAGUUUGUGUGAGCGCAGUCUUAUAUGCAAAUUACUAGUGGGGAUGGAAGCCAAAUAUUUGUGGGGGCCUGGAAUAUGUUUGAGUGUGUGAGGUGGUGGUCCUGUGAAAAGCUGGGGCAGACGGGAGGCUGGAUUGCCAUCUUGUGUACAUUCAGAAAAAAGCAUGUGUGUCAGCCUUACCGGGAGCUGCACAAUCUCAGCAGGCAGGCAGGUGUUUUUGUGUGUGUAUGUGGUGCAGAUUGGACACUUCUGCAAAACGAUGACUCCCUUCCUGCAGAGAGCUAGUCUGUGAGGAAGAAGUGGUCUGUCUUAGCAUUGUACGCUUCCUGCUAUUGCUGAUGUUCUGUGCGCAGAGAGGGGUUCUUUUGUUAUUGUUUCGGAGGGGGUGAGAAUAUAAGGCAGCUUCCUGCUUCCAUGCAAAUACUAGCUCACCAGCGCCACAGAAGGAGGGACAGAGGCGCACGCCAUGCUUGAACUCCGAAAAUAGAACAAGGAAUUCAUUGAGUCAAACAAGCCAUGUGGGCUGAGAUCACAGUGCCAUAGCAUCAUCACCCAGACUGGCAGGUUUCCAGGAAUGUAGGAAACUAAUUGCGGGGAGGAGCUGCUAAUGAGGUCAAAUAAAUUAGACAAACCUUACGAAGUGUUCCGUUUGCUGCAAAAGUCGGAUACGUGCAUAAUAAUGAAUCAGAUUAGACUUUUUAAACUGGAACAGUCCCCUAAAAGGAUGUUCCCUUCUGCCCUUAUGGGCUCUGGAUUGGUCACUCUCUUGACUUUGAUGGUUCCUGGAACUUGUAGAACCAGUUAGGGCACCUACAGACAGGUGUUUGUGGUGGGGUGUCUGUUCCUCAGGUAUGCAGGGCUAUUUUUUUCCCAUGGUCCACAUGACUUAAUUGGCACCAAAGCACCUCACCCCCCAGCCCUCAGUUAAUUUGCUGUUGAGCCAAGUUGCAUUAAUUUACAAAACCCUGAACAACUUGGGUCCAGGGUACCUCAGGGACCAACUGAACUCUUUCACACCAGCCUAAUGCCUGAUGCAGACAGGACUAAUCUGGAUUGACCACUGGUCUGACUCAGCGUGAGGCAGCUUCUGGCGUUCUAUUUCCUGCUGUGUGAAACAGACAAUUAACAGCACAAUACUAACUAUAUCUGAUCAGAAGUUAGUCCAAAUGAAUGCAACCGAGGCUUAUUCCCAGGUGUGUAGGGUUAGGGUAGCAGCCUACAUUGUUCUGGAAACUGGCUCCCAGAAACAUCAUCACCAAAUCUGGUGGCUCUUCUUUGUUUUUAAAGGUAUAUUCUACGUUUCUCAUACCCUCCAACACUUUGAAGCCAAAAUCCCUGACUCCAUCUUCCUGGACACCAUCUUCCGUUUUUUAUCAUGAGAGCACAGCUGCCAUUUUGGUUGCUGUGAUCUCGCGUGAUUUUGUGCCCAAGUUUCCCCUUUUAAAAAGCGCUUUUGGGGGGCACUGCACCCAAAAUCGUGCAUUUUGGGACACUGCACAGUAAAAAAGGGAUGUCUCAGUUUUUCCCAGGACACUUGUGGGGUAUGCUUUCUGCCAUCGUUGGCAUCUAAGGCAGCUUGCAAAAUACCAGAAAACUUCAUUAUAAUAAAAUACAUUACUACAACUUCAAGGAUGUGUUUUCGUUUAAACUUCAGGUCUCUCAUCCUCAGCACGCUUAGGGGAGCCUGGGCAGGGGAGAAUAUAGUGCACAGAUCACAGAGGUGUGGGGCUUUGCUGCAAACUUCAUACCAGAGGAAAAAGAGCUCUUAGCCCGAAGGGAAGGCACUCUGCAUAUGUUCGGUGGCAUCCUCUUCUCUCAUGUCACAUACCACUCAGACUGAAUAUUUGGUGAAGGUGAAUGUGCGCCAUACAUAUGCUCAGAUGCAGAUUUUACUUCAUCACAGCCGAGGACUGAGGUCUAGUGCAGAAAAACUGGUUGAAGUGUCAAUUUUUUGCCAAACCAAAACCUAACACCUGUCAACCACCCCAAAGGUCACACACCUGGAGCAGCGGCUGCAGGAAGAACUGGCCUUGUUACGCGGGGAGCAUCGGACUUUGUCCCUUAGCAGCGCUGAACACGCGGCCCGGGCACAAAGCCUGCAGGCAGAGGUAAGACAGGAGAUCUUCAAACUGGCAGAUGGGGCAAGGAAGGCACUGGGGAACAGGGAAAUACUACGUUUCCCCCUCUAGCCCUCUUCAAGAAGCUGCCUCUGAAGCUGAGACUUGGGCUUUACCAUGGAAUAAGACAAUGGUGGCCAAAAGCCCAGUCCUUAGUUUUUGAAGUGAUGCUGGGCCUUGUUGUUCACAGAAGCCCUCCUCAAUUUCCCACACCUGAGUCUUAGUUGUGCAGGGGGUUAGCUGUGGCUGCUUGUGGCUACUUGGGUCACCUGAGCAAAAGGACGUUCUGCAUACACUCACAGAAAGCGGGUGGCAUCCAACUAAAUUGACCCAUUGAAACUAAUGGGCAGUUACCUCCAUGUGUUUCAAUGGAUCUGCUCAGCGUACCAUUAAUGCUAGAGGCAACCCCUUGCUGUGGAGUUACAUGCUGCCACCCAGCCUCACGCUGCCAUUAGGAUAGCAAAAUGGCUGCCUUGAGAUGUGGGCCAUUUUGUGUGCCAUUAAAGGGUGGCAUUUAUACGAUUUGCUGUUGUUAUUAUUAUGUGUUUUUUUCUAAGGAUAGGGAGUGGGAUGGAUAGAUAGCUCAGUCGGUAAAACAUGAAACUCUUAAUCCCAGAGCUGUGGGUUCGAGCCCCACAUUGGGUGAAAUAUUCCCUCAUUGCAGGGGGCUAGACUAGAUGACCCUUGUGGUCCCUUCCAGCUCCACAAAUCUUUUAUUUUUAUAUCCCUCCUUUGGCAGGAAAAUGCCCUGUUUACCUGGCCCAACAGAAUAGGACACGGGAACCCCCUGGGAGGUGCUAGCUCUGAACCACAACCACUUGGUGGAUCUGGGAAUGAAGAUCUGGGGCGUAGCUCCGACCAUUUUAUUUGCUUUCAUGCACAUUCCUUUCCCCUAGAACCUUAUGUUACAAGAGCGGAAGCGAGAUCUGGAGAAGCAGACCCAUCAGCUGCGGGAGGAGAACGAAUCCAUCCAGGCGCUGGUAGACACACUGCACAACAACCUCCUCCUCCUCCGUAACGAGAGCCGAGAGAAGGAGCUGCGGGUAACUACUAAGCAAGGGGCUCAUUGAGGCUCAAGGGUGAAAAUGGGAGGUGUGGGGCAGGGGUGGCCCCUGGAAUGCUCCUCAAACCACACCCUGAUGGUUUCCACCCUAUGCAUGCCCUGGUAAUGCCUCUCGCUUGUCUGGAUGGAGGCUAGAGAGAGACAUGUGAGCCGAAAAAAUCCUAGUGCACAAAGGUUGACGUAGACAUUCAUUGCCCCACCGACUUUUGCUCCAGGCCCCUCGUCCUCCGCUGGCCUGUGGCCCUCAGGAGAUUGCCUAAAAAGGAAACGCGGCUUCCUGGCUGGGGAAAUUUCCUCACCCUUGGGGACAGUCAACUGAAAACAAAGACGAGGGACACGUGGCUUGUGUGUAAGAGAAUGAGGAAGGCGUUUUUGUGGUUAAUGCAGAGAAUGAGGAAGGGGAGGACUCAUUGGUCGGUGCCCCUCACAGAGGCACGUUCGUGCUCCUCCAUACCCACUUCCUGUUUCUCCUCCCAAGAUGCAGCAGGUUGAAGUGGAAGCUGAGGAGCUCCGGGCCUCCAACCGUCGCCUCCAGCAUCAGGUCAAGGAGAUGAAGGAGGAGAUCCGCCUGCACGAUUUAGACACUUCAGUCACUUCUAUCCAGUCUGAGAUUGAAAGUAGCUUGGAGGAUGCUCCUGGAGCACCUGGGAAGGCCCCUAAGGUACGGGAGAAAGGAAGCGGUGAUGGAGGGCAUCUAAGUUCACCUGUUUGUGUCAUGGGCAAAGCUUCCAAUGCCAAAAUAAGAUUGAUGUCCAUGUCCCAAUUUGGGAAAUGUACACUGCUGGGCAUACUGAUUCUCCACCAGUCUUUCCCACACAGCGCAAAUUCAAAAAUAUGUCUGUUUGGAAAGACUGAAGCAUACUAUCUUUUCUUUUUCUUUUUUUUACUAAGUUGUGUGGGGGGGGGGGAUAAUGCUUGCAAUCCAGAACGAAGCUGAGUUGUUGUUUUUUAAGUGGGUGGGAGGAGGAAUUCACAUUUAAGUGCAAAUUAUAUCCUCCCCCUCCACUCCAAAAUGCUUAGUUAAGGAUGCUGUUAGAUUUAUAAGCUGUGUUUUCAUAGCAUGAUAAUACACAGUUUAUGGGCUCAGCGGAACAUAUACAGAAUUACACUGCGCAAUAUCUUUUAAAAAGACGAGAGUUGUAGCUAGUGCUGGUUCUCCUCAAAGCAGACCCAUUAAAACCGGUGACUCUAGGUUAGCCAUGUUCAUUAACUUGUGUUCUAGUAGGACUAGCAGUGGACACAGCCCCAUCUCUCUGAAGACCAAUUUCUGGAAACUGCAGGAGGGGAGAGAGGGGGCUCUUGCGCUCAAGUCCUGCUUAUGACUACUUACCUGGGAGUAAGUCCUGUUGAAUUCAGUGAGAUUGAAUUCAAUGAAUAGACAUGUAUAGAACUGUGCUGCACAAUGCACUUCAAAAACAUUUCUCAAUUCUAAAUAUGUACAUGGCUUCUGUUUUGCAGUGCUGCAAUUAAGCUCAGUUACACUGCAAUCCAGCGAACAUGUGUACAAUGGGACUUACUCUCAGGGAAACCUGCAUAGGUUUGCAACCUUAAGUCACAUGUCCAAAGUCACACAGAUGGGAGGUUUGUGCUAUAUGAAGAAUUCCCAUGAAAAUAUGUUCUGGGCAUUUGAAGACUUACUGUCCUGUAUAAGCAACUGCUGUGACUCACCUUAGAGUCAGCUGCGUCUUAGUGUCAUUGAGAUCUCGUUGGUUUAUGGGUAUGUGUUUGGAUUUCUUUGUCUGCUUUAGCUGAAGGCCAACGGCACCUGCAAUGGCUCCUGUCAUACCCCCACAGCGGCAAAACACCCCUCAAAGAGGCUGGAAGAGGAAGGAAUUGACUAUGCCAAACGGGUGUCAGCUCUGAGUCACCAGGAACAGGAUCUGCUGAGACAGAAAGAAGUGGAGAUCAUGAAACUUCAGGAUCAGGUAGUGUGUGCUGUGCUUUCCCCACCAGAGGAUGCUAUAUUGUGGAGUGGCAUGAUUUUCCUUCUAAAAAGCAUUUAAAAAAAUUAUUUUCCCAUUUUCAGAUUACACUACAGUAUGUAGAACUCUGCAAUUUAAAGACUGAGAUUGAGAGCCAGAGGCGCCUGUAUCAAGAGAGCAACAGGGACGAAGCACUGAAAUUAGCCAUAGUAGAUCGAGAUGAGGCUAUAAUAAAGUGAGUUGAUUGCAUAUUUAUUCUUUCUCUCUGUGUGUAUAAAUGUAUAUAUGGACAUACACAUAUACAUGCCUACUAGGCGCUGUGCCCCUGCUCACUUUGCCCCUCAUCCUGCCCCACUUGCCAAUCUCCCCCAUCACUUAAAUCUUGCCAAAACUACCUCCCUCCGUUUAUGCCUGCUUGCUUCCAUCUCCCUCCAUCACGGGCCCAGCAACUCUCAGAAGUCUGUCAUCAGAUCGCAGUGCUACCUGUUGGCAGACACGUGAACUGCCAUGUGACGACAGCCUUACCUUUUUAUUAUAUGUAAGAUAUAUAUUUAUCUCUGCUGCUUUUUUGAACCACAGUACCAGCCACAGAACAUCUUAUUCAUAAUGGCUUCUUCCUUCAUCAGUGAUCAAAUUACUCUCCAGUUUCUGUCAAAUUGUCUCUCCCAAACACUCAGUUCUCUUCUAAAAACCUUUAAAGGGAUGGUCACAAAAAAUAAGAAAACCGGACAAGUUACCCUAUAAUUCAAAGUAGCAUAGGAAGCUGUUUUCUAUUGAGUCAGACCACAGGCUCAUCUAGUUCAGUAUCAUCUACUUCAGGGCCUCCAGCUGUUUUUGGACUACAACUCCCAUCAUCCCUAGUUAGCAGGACCACUGGUCAGGGAUGAUAGGAAUUGUAGUCCUAAAACAGCUGGAGACCCAAAUUUGGGAAACCUUGGUCUACUAUGACUGUCAGAAGCCCUCUGUCUAGAGGAAUUAGAUAUUGCCUUCUGCACACAAGGCAGAUGCUCAGUCUUUCAAGCACCGCCACCUGUUUUUUGGGCAAUGUAAUUCAGGGCGUUUCCAGACUGGUGCUAUUGAUUUGGUGCUCUUGCACAGCAAACCUGCUUCGCUAUAAAUUUGGAUUUUUUUUGUGAUAAAGGAAGUGAUGGGAAAUUGCACUCGAAAGUGUGGGAUAACAACACAACAUCGCAUAACCUCCCUGCAAACAAAUCAGAGCAGCAGUUUCGGUCCCGGAGUAAACCUGCCGCCUUUGUUAAAUAUCCUCAAAAUACCUACUGUUGUUUGAGAGGCUGCAAUGUUUACUCCCGCAGGUUAAUGAGUAACCUUAAAGGCAGGGAAUUAACUCAAAUGAUCUUAAUCGGUUCACAGCUGUAUGCAUUUCUCUUCUGCAGUGUUUUAAAGCGAAUGUUCUAGCUCCAGGAAACCCUUUCUUCAGAGGAAAACCCUCUAUGUCUGCUAUUGUAACCCCUGUGAACCAGAGAGGAUUCUGGGAACCUCCUAGAACACUCAUUCCGUUUAUGCAGGGUCCCUCCAUUCCUCGUGUAAUUUGAGACUCUGCCUUGGAGCACUAAGAACACUCCUUUACAGCUGCCCAGUUUAAGGGCUGAUCGUAAAUGGCGGCAGAGUCAGGAAAGUCCAGUCCGGCAGCCAUUGAUGAAGGGCUCCAUGGAUUACCCCCACCCCCUCUGCAGGCAACAGGGAAGGGGGAAGUUUUUAAACCAUGGAAUUGUGACAUCUUCAGGCUGAACUGGGAACUGCAUGUAAAACUGUUCCUUAAUUACUGAGCCUUCAUCCUGAUUUGCUUGCACAAAGCUUGCGCAGAGGUUCGAUAGUAUAUCCAGUCCUUAUUGAGCAUUUAUCCUGAUUUGUUUAUGGGGUGAUUAUUCGACAAUGAACGUGCUUUCUGGUUUGCUUGUGGGAUGUUUACACGUCUUCCCACACUUCUCAGUGCAUUUCUCUGUCACUUUCCAAACAGCAAAAAGUGUAAUUCUUAUUUUAAACUGGAUUGCUUGUGCUGUGGGUGGCGAGGUCCUUUAACCCACUUUAGCUAGGCAGAUGUAUGGUAUGUGCUUGAAUCCCUCCCAUGGGACAGGGACAACCUGGAGGACCUUGUAAUGUACGAGGCUGUGAUCCUAACCCCACUUACCUGGGAGUAAGGGCAUUUCCAGACUGUCACUAUUUUGGGGUGGGAUUCAAUCACUUAACUGGGAAAUUCCAAGGGCUUACACAACAAACUCACUUCCCAAAAAUGUCAGGGCUUUUGCAAUAGGGUAAGCGAAGGGAAAAUGAGCUGGAAAUUGUGGAUUAACACUUGCUGUGAUUCAACAUCAUCUAACCUCCCCCAAACCAAAUCAGAAUGAAUGAUCAGUAAACAGACCAUCUGAAAGCACCCAGUGAAUUCACUGAGUAGACGUGGUCAGGCUUGCAGCCUUAUUUAUCUUUUUGUGUAUGUCUCUAUCUGCUGUCUUAUCAGGAAAGGCGAGAUGGAGUUGGAACUGGCAAAAGUCUCCCUGGAACGGGAUUCCAUGAGCCAGCAGCUAUUGCGUGUCAUUCGCCAGAAGAUGGCCCUUUCCCAGGAGCUGGAAGCUUGGCAAGUGAGUAAGAAAAAACACCAGAAUGUGUGUGUGUGUGUGUGUGUGUGUGUGUGUGUGUAUACACAGUGGUGCCCCGCAAGACGAAUGCCUCGCAAGAUGAAAAACUCGCUAGACGAAAGGGUUUUGGGUUUUUUGAGUCGUUCCGCAAGACGAAUUUCCCUAUGGGCUUGUUUUGUCUUGCGAGUUUGUUUCCUUUUUCUUAAAGCCGCUAAGCCGUUAAUAGCCGCUAAGCCGCUAAGCCGUUAAUAGCCGCUAAGCCGUUAAUAGCCGCUAAGCCGCUAAUAGCCGUGCUUCGCAAGACGAAAAAACCGCAAGACGAAGAGACUCGCGGAACGGAUUAAUUUCGUCUUGCGAGGCACCACUGUAUAUAUAUAUGAAAUUUAGCCCAGAACAUUUUAAACUGCACCAAUUGUCCUUCCAGUUUAUAUGCUGGAAGCCGAAGGAAGCAGCCAAAAGGGCCCAGGGAACUUCAUAGUAGCAAACGCAACAUUUUUAAAAUCCCAAACUGCAAGUCAGACAACAGCUUUUUGGCUCCUGCCGUGCUUAAUAAAUUCCAGAUCUGCGCAGUGACACAAAUGGGAUGAGCGUGAGAAUUUCUGAUUCUCUCCCUGCAUUCACAAUUUGUUCCAAGUUUGCUUUAUGGAUUCAUUCCAGUUCUGAACAGGGACUGAAAAGAAAGGAAGGGAAAGAGACCAUGACAGGGUAAGAAGAGGAGGAGAAGUAGCAGCAGCAGCUGGGAGAUGACGAAUAAGAAGAACAGGGUAGCAAACACAAAAAUGUAUUUAUUUAUUUGUUUAUGGGGUCUUUGUCCCAUUUUUUCAGACAACGAUUGUUUCCCAAAGCAGCUCACAUCAAUUAAAAGAGGGGAAGAGCCUCUACUGCCAUCAGGCUCACAAACCUGAUCACCUUGCCUCAAAAAGGAUAUUGUAGAGCCGGAAAAGGGCAACCGAGGGGCUGAAGCCACUGCCCCCAUGAGGAAAAGUUAAAACGUAUGGGGCUCUUUAAGCUUAGAAGAAAGGAGAGGUGUUUUUCUUCCUCUCUCAUAAUGUUAGAACUUGAGGCCAUCCGAUGAGGCUGCACAGUAGGAGAUUCAGGGCAGGAAAAAGGAAGCAUUUCUUCACACAGCACCUAGUGAAACUGUGGAACGAUGUAAGGAAGGCCACCAAUUUGGAUGGCUUUAAAAGAGGAAUAGACAAAUUCACAAUUUAGGAGAGCUGUUGUGGUUACAUCCGCUUUUCUUUCCUGCCACACAGGAUGAUAUUCAGUAUAUCAUUCACCAGCAACUGCUGCAGAAGCACCAGGAAGAGACCCACCCCAUCACUUCGUCGCCUAGAAGCCCGGCGGAAGGCAAGAACCCUCCUUUCUAUCGCCGUGGCACCAGCAUCCCCAACGGCACUGGCUUCUUCUCACUCUUCCGGAAAAGCUGAGGAGCUGGACAGGUGGUGGAGGGAAUAUCAACGCCAGAACUCAUUGGUGGCGGAAGUGGCAGCUGUCGAUGAGACCAAGGCUUGAGGUGGCCGGGGCUGAAAUGGCUUCUGGGCCUCUUAGCAGCUUGUCAACUAACUCCAGGCCAAAGGAAUUUGUUCUCUGGUUCCAUUACAUUGCUCAUAUCUGAUCCCCUGUUCACACUCUAUACACACAGAGGAUACUCACAUGUGUUGUAAUAGGAGCAGAGCCACACUGCCGGUCCCAAUAGCAGAGCGUUGAGUGCGGAGAUCUGUGAGUGUAAAGGAACAGGCAUGCAAGACACACAGGGGUCUAUGCUCCUUGCACGGAUCUUGUGGGCGGGGCUAGCCCGGAACAGGAUGUCAGGGGCAGGCCCAGGAGUUUGGUUUACAGGUAUCCGCACUCAAUGUGUGGAUAUCACAUGCGUAUGGCUAGCCUGGGGCCACGAUGUCAGCGGUAGGGUCAGGGGGUCCCUUUGUACUGGAGAUGCGCUUUACAGGUGAGAGAAAGGGAGAGAGAAAGACAGGGAGAUUGGAAUGUCCAUUGCAGUAGGGCAGAAAGCCCUAUGUACAGCCGAUUCAGGUUGCGUCUUUUCGGGUUGCAGACCGCUGAAUCCCGGAAGUACCGGAACGGGUUACUUCCGGGUUUCGGCGGUUGCGCAUGCGCAGAAGCGCCGAAUCGCAACCUGCAGACACGGGUUGCGAGCGCUGUGGGUUGCGAGCGUGCAUCCUGCAUGGAUCACGUUCGCAACCUGAGCGUCCACUGUAUUAGGAAGGAAGGGGAGAGAAAGAGAAUAAGGAAUAUGGGGUGCUGGCGGUGGAAGGGAGUAAGAAAGAAAGUUGGUAAGAGUAAGUUGAUAAGAAGGAAGGGGUGGAAAGGAAUAAAAGGUAAUAAUAAUUGCAAGACGUUUGGGGUUCUGCUACACCCCACAUUUGCCCUUUGGGCAUGCCCACUUUGACAUGUGGCCCCGGAGUGCUGGCCUUUGGGCAAUGUGGCCCUCAGCCAGAAAAAGGUCAGCUGCCUCCGUUUUACAGACUUCUGUGCUCAGUGCGCAGGCAGGAGGUGCAGGAAAUGAUGCUGGGAGCUGGCCCAGCGGUGCAACUCUGUUCCUAUUGCAACAUGUGAGUUGGGUUCCCAAGAACAUCGGAAGAGCUCUGCUGGAUCAGGCCAAAGGCCCCUGUUGCCCAAUGUUUUGUUUUCCCGACAGCCAGCCAGAUGCCUGUGGGAAGCGUGCAAGUACUACUACUCUCCCUCCUUGAGGAUGUGGUAUUCAGAGGCCUCCUGUCUCCAGCAAUGGAGGGAGGUUUCAUGGCAUUUCUCCGUCAGCGAGACUGACACGCUGAGCUGUCCAUCUGAGUUCUAAUGAUAGACCAAUUUGAGCACUAAUGUGACUAAUGCGGUGACAAGAUAUUUCCUUGCAUUUUAAUAGUCUGCUUGGAACAACUGCGGGUUCCAAGUUACACCCUCAGAUCAGCCGGUCCUGUCAGUCAGGGCCCCAAGUACCUAACAAAAUGAUUCAUCUGAAAUGGGGGCACUUGUAUCCAACUGGCGAUAAAAGUUACCACAGGCUACCACCACCGAUUGGGUGGCAUCAGCCGGCCACAUAGCUACUGUGGGGCAACUAAAAACAAUCACAUGGUUGGAUGCAGUUUCCAGUGCCAGUGGAAUUACUCACCAUAUAAAUAAACUAGCUUAUUUUGCACCUCUCUUCUUUUUUAAAAAAUACCUUUAGCCUUCCAAUGCCAGCUGGCCUGUCUGUGUUCCAGCAAAUGUUCCAAGUUUGCCCAGCAAGAGCCAUGAUUCAGCUAAGUGGAUUUUUCUAGAGGAUGUUGCAGAUGCAAACCUGCAAUGUCAACAUCGUCCAAAUUUCCCUAUAAAAAAUAAAAUAAAUCACUGGUCUUUUACUCCCUUUCAUACUUAAAAGCUGUGGGGCUGGCUAGAAUAAUAAUCUUUCCCUCCGUAGUAAGUGGGGAAGAAUUUAUGCUGACUUCUUAGAAGUCUGGGGAGAAAUGGCUGACAAACUGUUAGCCAUGGGAGAUUAGCGGUACUUGAUGACCCCUCUGAAGGUUCUAACUGUACUAGCACUUUACUUCCCUGCGAAACCCUGGUUUGCUGUUUUGGGGGCAGCUUCCCAUGCUUUCCCGUGCACUGACAGCAAGUCCACACCCACCCCAUACAUUUAAAGCACAUGGCACCCCCCAGAGAAUCCUGGGAUCUCAGUUUGUUAAGGGAGCUGGGUAGUGUAGUUCUGCCUGUGGGUGGGCAAACUACAAUUCCCAGGAUUCUUUGGGGGAAAGCUCAGUCAGUCGAGCUUAAUCUCAGGGUCGUCAGUUCGAGUCCCACAUUAGGCAAACGAUUCCUGCAUUGCAGAGGGUUGGACUAAAUGACCCUCCGGGGUGUCUUCUAACUCUAACAAUUCUCUGUUUCUAUAAUUAAAAUGUUCUUUAAAUGUAUAUUCUGAACAUGACUGAAAAUGAGAGUUUCUGAAGGCGUGCCUUCCUCUGAGCUUGGGCUUUGCUAAGUGUGGGGCACCCUCUGUAUUGGGUAGUGGAGCCAGUUGCUAUGAGGAGGAGGCAUAAGGUGGAGCCUUGCAAAUACUCCUUACGAACUUUGCACACCAGCAGGGGCAGAAUGACCCCCUUCAGUAGGCGGCAGUAUUACUACCCACGGAGCAUUAGGGGCCUCGCUUUAUCUAGAUUUUCCUUGCUGUUCAUCUGCUCGGUAGUGGGUGACUUGUGCAUACAUUUAUGCAAAUGAACAAUGAUUACUUUGUCACAUGGGCACCGCCAGCAGAGGGUACUGCUGUACUUUCAUCUCCUUCCACCCUUUCCCCUUACUGUUGCAAAAACUGGGGGGAACCCCCAAAACCGAUACUAUUUUGCCAGUGUGUCACUUUUCAGCUGCUUAGGACAGGCAACAAUUUGCAAAGCCAAGCCGCUGGGAAGAGCCAAGACAGAGAAAAUAUUUAUCUACGAAGCAGAAGAUGUAUAUUGUUAUAGAAUAUUUUUGGUUGUAUAUUUUGUUAAUACAGAUUUAAUACUAUUCUGUUUAUUAAAUAAAGAAGUAUGGUUCUUAAA